AUGAUAUCGUUUUUCUCGAAACUUUCUUUAAAUAACUCGCCAAAGUCACCCGUGGAAGUUGCUCAGCCAGCUUAUAUGGACAAAAGUGCAACAUUACAAGAAUUGGGCUAUAAAGACGAGAAUGACCUAAGAGAAACUAUCUACGACUUUUUGCGGACCAUACGAGAUCCAGAAAAGCCGAGUACGCUAGAAGAUUUGAAGGUCGUUUACGAAGAAGGUAUAUUUGUGAAGGAGCCAACAGCUGAUAAGGUUCCUGUGUUAAGAGUUGAGUAUAAUCCGACAGUGCCUCAUUGUUCGCUGGCGACGCUUAUAGGACUGUGCAUACGUAUAAAAAUACAGCGUUCCAUCCAUCACCCAAUUAAACUGGACAUCUACAUUAAAAAAGGAGCUCACACAACAGAAGAUGAAAUUAAUAAACAGAUCAACGACAAAGAGCGGAUUGCAGCCGCGAUGGAGAAUCCCAACCUGAGAAACCUCGUGGAGAACUGUAUUGCUGAUGAAGAAUAG